UCAUAAGGUUGAGUUGACGUUCUUAGUUAUCUGCAAAAUCGUUUGCUAGACUUGUGUAAAGUGAAAUAGAGCGUAUUCUAUUUUAUCUUGCUUUGUUGCAGUAUAUUCAGUUAGUUAGUCAUUAAGUUUUCCAAAUCUUACAAUGUCGAAAAUUAAAGGUAAGUUUUUUGGGUAUAUUUAAUAUUUAUGUUAAUGUCAGAGUGACUGUUCCAUUUUUGGACACGACGUCUCCAAUUUAAUAAUUCUGUAGCCGAGUGUAGCCUGGUCGGCGAGCGCAAACCAAGGCCAUGGCCAUGGCCACGGUAUGAGACUCAAUACUCAAUUUAGUGAUUAGUGAAAUUUAGAUUUAACAAUACUUACUUAUGAGUUCACUUUGUCUUUAAGUUUAAAAAAUAUUCUUAAUAACUAGGGCUUAACCAGGUGCAGUUUUUUUGUUACAUCCUGUCAGGAUAUUUUAAGUUGUUACAAUGUCGACAAUGUACAAUUAAAAUUAAACAACCCCUUACUUAGACCUUACUAGCCUUACUUCUUAAAACAGUUUUUCCACAUUAAAAAUUAUAAAAUGUAAUUAACAUCUAGCAAUGAGGCUGAACAUUUGACAAAACAUGCAUUUAAGUAGCAUACUUAAUAAAUAUGAAUCCCAAUUCAAUUAGUGUGCAGCCCCCGUCUCGCAAACGCAUAUUUUUUUACACACCCCUGACCUGAACUAUAUAUAAUAUAUAUAUAAUAUUCUAAUGUCCCACCUCAGAUUUAUUACACCAACUAUUUCUGUAAACAAAAGAAAAUAUUAAUUACACACCAAACACACUUGCGAUAUUUUGAAGAAUCUCAUUUGGUGCAGUUAUCAGGAAUUUUAUUUAGUGAAAUCAGUGGCAGCAUUAACUCUUUCUCUCCGGAAUUAUUUUCCGUGUUCUGACAAAUUAUCAAAUUUUGUUAGGCACUACCAUGCUAACUCCAAACCAUCAUACAUUUUUUGUUUUUUAAUCAGAAAAUGUUAAUUUAGGUAUGGAAUUAAAGGGGAAUGCAUGCCCUUUACAAGCAAACCAGACUUGGCUUUAAAUUUUAAUAUAUAAAUGUGAUUAUCAUUUCAGGAAAAUCAAAAUUUAAAAAAAACAACUUACCAACUGUUCACAAAACGCUCAUUUAAAGUCACACGAAGAGAAAUAUAUAAUCCAAAGUGUAACAAAAAUGUUUUUUUCUAUAUUCAUAUGUGCAUCACAAAUAAUAAAGAUCAACUUAAAAAAAAGAAAAAAAUUUAACACCAGAGCACAUUAUCCAUUGUCACCGUCACACAAAAUAUUUGCGAAAAAAAUUUGCACUGGAAACAAUUUGUUGCUAUUAUAAAAUAUUUGCACUGUAUUCUUGUAUGUACUAACAUUUAUUAUGGUAAAUGGAAAAUUUACCAUAAAUUUGUCAUAUCUUUUCAUCUGGGGUUUAGCUAUGGUAAGCCUAAAAAACAAUCCAUAUGGAUGUGCACUUUAGCUGGGGGAGGGGCUGGUUGUUCACCAGCUGAUGAAUUACCAAUUUCCUUAUUUUGUCACUAGUACUAUUAAUACUAGUACUAGGAUUAUAAUCAUACGAUUCAACAGAAUCAGCCUCUGCAUUUGAAAUCAUAAAAUCACCGCCUGAAUCAUCAUCAGUGUAAUAUUUUCAACCUUUAUUAGAUCGAUCACCAGAUGGGUCAGGUUAAGAUUUCAUGUUUGUAAACAAAAAUAAAAUGGACAAUGAAAACAACCGCUUCAAACACUUUGUUCUACGUAAAACCUCGUUCAAACACAGAAAAACUGGAUGUUUAUCCAUAGGGAAAUCAUUCUAGAAUUGAUUUGAAAUAAUUGAAAACCAAUAGCUAAGAAAAGAACUGAAAUAAACAGGUUUUUAUACAUCGACAAUACCGUCGUUGAUACGCCAAAUCUUCAUUUCAAAUCGACGACGGGAGCAUUGUUCCGGAGAGAAAGAGUUAAAACUGAUUGUUCGGGGCUGGGCUGAAAAUUUGAUAGACUGUCUUGUCGUCUGCAACAAGUCUAUAUGCCAAGUUUCAACUUAAUAUGUUGACGGGAAGUGGGUCAAUUAGCCUUCUAAAGCUUUUGCCACAAACACAAAAGAAACAGGAACAAAAGCAUAAGGAUUUUUAAAAAAAAAAGUUAACUUCUUAUUUUCUAUAAUAUAUGCCGACUUUUAAACAAUAGGUCUACAGACUGUACUAUACUCUAGCUGCCGUCCUUUAAACAAUAUGCUUACAGGCGGUCCUACAUCCUACCUGCCGACAUGUAAACAAUAGGCCUACAGACAGUCCUACACCAUACCACAGACAGUCCUACACCAUACCACAGACAGUCCUACACCAUACCUAUGACUCUUUAUUGAUUAAUGUAAUGGUCCUUUAAAGAAAAAAAUUCACCAUUUUUACCGGCGUUUAGACGUCACGCAUGAAAGCUUGCUGUGUGAAUGCUAUUUUCUUCACUCAGUACUAUUAAUUUCAAACAUGGGGGGGGGGGGGGGGGGGAGAUCAAAAGGAAGCAGGAUGACCAGAAACAAUAAGAGAUAAAAUUAUCCUACCAUGUUUCAUGGUUUAGCCAACUAACACUCAGUCCCAGGGUUGGUAUCACCAAGUGAGGUAAGUUCUCAUUAGAGCAAUUCUUAAUCAGAUUAUGCAGAAUUGCUUAUAGUAUUGUUUUUAAAUUAAGCCCUAAAGCAAAAAAAGAUAGAAGAAAACAUAGAAUUUGAGGUAACAGUGUGUCUUCUUCAGAAUGAUGAUAAGUUCAAACUCCUUGCAGGCAUGAGAGAGGUGACUUACAAAAAUGAUGUAGUCCAUUUUCUGUGUGUGAUUUUAAUACUGUAUCAUGGGGUGUUGAACAGCUUGCCAUGAAACCUGCUGUGGAUGUUCAUCAACAGGUGCAGUCUAUGAAAUCAAGCUGGAGUGUCAUGAAGAUAAAAUUAAAAGUCCUUGGGUGCAAGGGUCAAGCCUUGACUUACUUCGCUGCUGACUGAAAAGUUAUCCUGUAUAAUGUGCAUGUCUGCAUAUGCUUGUGGAAUUAUGUGAUUACAGCUAGUUGAAGUCAGUGACUGUCAAUAUUCUGCAGUAACCUUAAUAGUCCUUCUCAGCAGACAAAAAAUGUCUUUAUGAAAUCUAUGAAACUGAUGUAGAUGUUAUAAAAAACUACUGGUUUAUACUGAAGCACAUACAGUAAAAUAGAUUCAUGCUUUGUCAGUCAGAUUUCUAUUGUCACAUCUAUCAUAUUUAUUUAAUUCAAUCACAAACUACUUUGCUUUAAUUAUAACACUAUUCAAAUGUAUUUGAAAUAUAGACAUUUGAAGAACUUGGUUUACAAGGAAUAUUACUCAAUGGGUGGAUGGCAGAGUCACUAAGAUAUUAAUUUUUAAAUCAAAGGCUAAGAAAGGAGCCCCAUUGUGGAUGUUAAACCAAAAAAAAAUAAAUAAUAGCAUGUCAAAACAUGACAUAACACAAAAGAAAAAUAUGGAAGCUAAAUGUAUUUUCUCUAAAUGAAAAUGAGUCAAAACUUUAACUAAAUUAUUUGUAUAAAAAUGUAUUUUGUUAUGAAAGCUCUUUAAACAUCUAUGUAUCUUGUUACACUGCCUACAGGUAAUUUAUUUCACUUUUUAAUAAUUUUUAUUCAUGUAAUUUAUGCAACUACUUUUUUAACAAUGAUUUGAUGAUAUAUAUUAAUCUAAGCGGGGCCAUUGAAACUAGUCACUAAACAUACCAAGUGUUUAAGUACAUCAUUAUCUAUUCCAGGUGGUCCCAUUGUUGAGAUGCAAGGAGAUGAAAUGACACGGUAAACAAAUGAGAUAACAGUAUUUAGUGGAAAAGCAAAUUAACUUUAAUUAAGAUAAAUAAUGCUGGAAAGAAGUAUGUGAUUUUAAAGUCAAGUGAAUUAGUGUUUAAUACUAAAAUUUUGAUGAUAUGGGUAACAUUAUUGUGGAGGCUAAAAGCAUUAUAUUUGUAGAUGAUUAUAGGGGUCCUUAUAGUUUUAUAUUUCCAUUUAACAAAAAUAUGUACAAAUUCCGCUAAAUGUUACUCAUUUUUAUAAGAAUUUGUAAGGCCCAAGUUUUAUUGUGCCAGUUAUAAUACUAUGUGGUAAAUAAUCACCUGAGCACAAAUACAAACUUUGGUCUACUAUUCUCAUACUUAACCUGAUUUUUUAAAGAUAUUUUUUCAUCAUGCUGCUUUAAACAAAUACUUUCCUUCUGGUGCUUAAAGCUAAAAGAAUUUCCAUUAAUUGGAAAAUACCAUAGAAAAUUUCGCUUAUUAACUUCAUAUUUUUUGUUUAAAGCCGAACAUAUUUAAAAUGUUUAUUUUUAUUUUGGUGCUUAAAGCCAAAAGCAUUUCCCUUGAACGAAAAUACUAUUUAAAAAAUAUAUUUUUCAUGAUGAUACUUAAUUUAAAAGGAAUAAUUAUAAGAGUGAAAGUAGAAAACUGACCCUGCAGACAACUCAGACAGAAACAGCUGAGAGGCAGGUAUUAAUUGGCUGUCCACUUCAGUCUUAAUGGUGAUAGGUUUCGCUCCAAAACAAUUAAAGAUGCAGAAAUAAUUGUCAGUGUUUAAAUUCUUUGCUUUUCUUCUUCUUUUAUGUAAUCCCUUAAUUUUCAAAUAUUUAAAAAAACGUUGAUUAUUCUUUUACUAGUCUUAUUAAAACCUAUACAUUUAUUUAUAGUAUGCUCUCAUUAAUAUAUAUAAACAUAAUGUAAAAAAAUCUUAAUUUUUCCUCCCCUUUUCAGUAUUAUUUGGGAUGUCAUUAAAGAAAAGCUCAUUCUUCCAUUUGUGGAUUUGGAAAUUCAUUAUUUUGAUCUUGGCAUUGAAAACAGAGAUGCUACUGAUGACCAAGGUAUUGCAAUUAUUCAAGUGAAGAAAAAUGUAUCACAAAAUAAUUUGCUAGUACUAUUAAACUUUAAAAAAUGUCGUAUAUUACUAAAAUUUUGGAAAAAAAUUAAAUGGUGUUUUGAAUAUUUAACACUACUAAACCAGACAUGUAUUUUUACUCCCACUUGAAGGGCAAUUCAAAAGGGGGUUAUUACUUCCCUUGUCAUCUAGAGUUAUCAUACUUUAGUGAUGAGUACUUGUGCAACUAAAUAUUAAAUCAGUCUUGCAAAUAUGUUAUUAUUAAUUCUCGUUAAUUUACAAACAAAAUUUGUUAUUGGUUUAUUGCCUUUGUCGUAUAGGAAAUUCUAAACUAACAAGACUAAUAAAAUAAAUUAAAAAAUCAAUAUAAAAAAAAAAAUAAUCAUCAUUACUUAGCUGAUAUUUAAUUAAAAAGACUUAUUAAAUACCCCUACAAAGCCUUAUCUAUGCCAAGCAAGUUCACUUUUAGUGGAAAAAAAUCAUGACAUUUUAACAGAUUUUAAGGAAAAUUAAAAAAAAAAAACAAGUCUCCAAUAGAGAUGUGUGGAUUGUAACAAACUGAAACCCUGCUGACAACCGAACCUGAACUGAACCCUGCUGAUGACCGAAAUCAAUCUUCAAUGUCAUCAAGUACAAACAAAUCAUAAUGAACCUAUCACAAACUUAUUAGAAUGUCAAUGUUUUAUGAAAUUGGGACAUUAUGACUUAUGCCAGAAAUGUUUAUAUUUUAAUUAAAAAUUGAAAACCCAAGUGCAAAAAGAUUUUUCUGGAAACAACCAUAUUUUUUAUCAUUCCCUACCCCCUUCUCCCCUGCCGACACCCUUUCCCGCAUAGUCUUGAGUUGUAUUAAUGCUUGACAAAUUAAACAACACGUUUUAGCCGACUCUAUUUCAUCGAGUAUCAGUGAGUGUAUCGUUCAAAGACAAACAAUAUUAUAAGUUUGUAUAAAUCUAGAAAUACACAUUGAGUAAGAAAAGUUUCAGUCAAGACUAGUUACAUUCUUUUUAAAUUUAUUAUUUACUCUCUUCACAUGAUUCACAUGUCCUUGGCCGUUGGAAAAUUUAAAAAAAAAUGAUUCUCUCAUUCAAUCAUAUUGAUUGCAAGGUUAAAAUAUUCUUGUUUCAGUUACUAUUGAUGCAGCAGAGGCCAUUAAAAAGUAUAAUGUUGGUGUCAAAUGUGCAACCAUCACUCCUGAUGAAAAAAGAGUGGAAGGUAAUGUACCUUGGUUCAUUGCUGCUUUUCUCCUUCUUUGAUAGGUUUGCAAUCAAAUUCUUUCAUGCUACAUACUUAUUUGGUUAUUUAAUAAAAGUUGUAUACAUUAAGUACAUGAUUCUCUUUGUAUAUCUGGAUAUAAAGCUGUAAGAUGCAGAGUGCACUCAAAAGUUGAAAAUAUUACUUUCUCUGCUUGCAUUUUUCUAAUUAUUAUUUUUAUCUACCACUUAAAAUUAAUUGCACUAACUAAUAAUGAGCACUAUUUGGUUUAUUUUUUAAAAAAUGAAGGGAAUUUUGAAUAUGUUAUCGAGUGGCAUUUUGCAAAAUCAAAUAAUAAAAAUAAUUGUGAUCUGUUUUAUAUGUGAAUGAAUCAAGCAAGAAUUAGAUUAAAUGCCAUGUAUUCUUUUUAUGAUGCAAAUAUUUGUUAAUAAAUUCAAACUGUAACCAUAGCCAUGGUGUGUUGAUGGAGAAAACUGCCUCUUGACCUAAACUUAGCUGAAUAGAUUUUGUAAAAAAUAACUUUUAUUUUUGUAAGUUACUGAUACGACGAAAAUUAUAAUUUAAAAAUUUUAAAAGAUUUAUUUCUUAAUCUACUCACAUAUUAAUUAAACUUUGUAUUUUAAAUCAUAAUAGUUUCCAGACUGCUAAAUAAUAAUAUUUUAAUGGGAUCAACUAGAAUGAUGGAAAGAAAAUUUAAUUUUUUUGAUUUGCAUUUUUUACCAAACAUUAAACAACAAUUCAAUUUUGGAUAUUAAUAAAAUUUAAAUUUACACUACGUUAUGAGAGAAUCCUUUAUUUUUUACAAGGUAAAUCUAAUUAUAAAUUAUUAUACAAAUUAAUAUUUUUAGUCAUUGAAUUUCUAGACAAUGUCACAAACAUUUAAACUAUUUUUCUCGCCUAAUUUCAAGCAAGAAAUAAAACAUAACCACAAUAGUUUGGAGAUAGAAAUACAAGUCCAAUACAAAACUUAAUCACCUGGAAACAUGAAGAUUAUAAAUGAUAGAUUUCUUAUUAAAAGUCCAAUAAAAUUAUUUACCAAAUUUAUUUUUUCUUUGAAGAAUUUAAGCUCAAGAAAAUGUGGAAAUCCCCAAACGGAACAAUUCGUAACAUCCUAGGCGGGACAGUUUUCAGAGAGGCCAUUAUCUGCAAGAACAUUCCACGUUUGGUGCCAGGGUGGAGUAAAAGUAUUGUCAUAGGACGUCAUGCCUUUGGUGAUCAGGUAUGUUAUUUUCUUAUUUCAGAAUAUAUGAUUUUAUUUGUCAAACCUAAGAAAACAAGAAGUGCCUGGUGCAAAGGUGAUCACUGUGUAAAAGAUUGUGUUCUUAAACUAGAUUUAGUGUAGUUGGUGGAAUGCCCAUUCCUAUUACCUUUUAACAGUGGUUUAAAAUAAUUUUAAAUUAUUAUCAGCAAUUUUAAACACAAGAUGUCUUAGAGUUGAUCCACUGUAGCUUCAUGCUGUGGGUUUAGUUAUUGUUUUAUUGUAACCUGUUCACAAAAAUGAUGAAUGUAUUUCUUUUAUUGCAUUCUGGAAGCUACAUUGACUUAUUUAACAUUAGAUGUAGAAUAAGUUGGUCUAAUCAGCUCAGCAAAUGAAGUAAUCAGUCAAUAUUAAGAAAUUUCUGUUUAAGUCUUAUUUCACUUAUUACAUAUAACUUGAAAAUAAGAAGAAUUUCUUGCUUAUUUCAUGUGGUUAAAGACUGUAACAUGUUUUAAAAUACAGUAUAUUGUUUUGAUUACUCAAGUGUUAAAAAUGUCAAGAAUACAGCACACUAAAAAAAUUUGUUUUGAUUGUGUUUUUUAAUGAAUGUGCAUCAGAGGUUGGCGAAGCAAUGAUUUUUAAAAAAAUUAAAUUUAGUCUUCAGGGAUGCUGUUGUACACGUUUGACUUGAAACAUUGUGUCAACAAAGAUUUUUGAGUCCCAUUGAAGUCCACUUUCCCCGUCGUUAAAUUCAUCAGUUUCAAGUAAAAAUCAUCAUGAAGUUUGCAUCAGCUCAGCCUAACAAAACCCAUUAACUUCAUUAACCAUUCAUCAGAAUUAUAUUCAAGAGCCAUUAAAUCUACCGUUACAAACAAUAACAAAAAAAAUCAAUAAUGUUUAAAAGUAAAAUGAGACUUAGAGACAAUUUUAUGUGGUCAAACAUUUUUCAUUAUCACAGAAAAAUUAAAUCUGCUCAAGUUAAUUUUCUCAAAUUGGUAUUUUUUUUUUUUCAACCCAUCUUUAAAGUUUAAUCUGUGUAUAUAAAUAUAGAUGUAUUAGCUUACUGAAGAUCUUCAACAUAACUCUGAGUAUUCUUCAUCAUCUAACUAUAUUUUACUGAGGUAGUAACUGAUGAUUAAGUUAAUAGUAGAUCAAUAAAAUUCCAUUAGAUAAGGGUUUCCCAACCUGGGGUGCUCGUCCAUUAGAUAAGGGUUUCCCAACCUGGGGUGCUCGUCCAUUAGAUAAGGGUUUCCCAACCUGGGGUGCUCGUCCAUUAGAUAAGGGUUUCCCAACCUGGGGUGCUCAUCCAUUAGAUAAGGCUUUCCCAACCUGGGGUGCUCUCACUCCCAGGGGGUGAUUGUACUCCCAGGGGGUGCUCCCACUCCCAGGGGGUGCUCGUGCUCCCAGGGGGUUUUAAGUGGGCUUUCAGGGAGUAUGAAGAAAAAGAAUUGUAAGAACACAGGAGACAUUAGCUUUUUAGCUAUCAUAUAAAUGGCUGUAUAUUUGAAACAAUUUCUUCAUCAGAUUUUCCUCAUUGUCAUAAUUUAUGUCACAAGUUUAUUUUGUAAGUUCUUCAGCUCUCUUUGAAAUUUAAUAAAUAUAUUGCAAGUUCAUUAUUUUCAAAUUCAAAAGGCAUUGUUACUUUUGUUGGGUUUGCGAAACUAGUCAAAUAAUUUGUUGAAGUUGCAGAGUUGGCAAAUACUGCUUUAGACGACCGCCUUUAAAUAUGAAUAAAUCAAAGCAAUUUAAAAGUCACAAGCACCUUGCACAUAAAAUACAACAGGAAAAAUUUGGGAAACCUUGGCAUGCUCUCUUAUAAAAUACUCUGAAACUCUUCGCCUUUAAAAUAGGUUGGUAUAACUGAUUGUUGAGUACCAGUGAAAUUCCAAUCAAAAUAUUAAAUUUUUGGCAAUGGAUUAACAUAGAUGUUAAACAUAUAGUCUGUGGAGAAGAAAUUCACAGACGGGUGUGCCAUUGAGAUUUUAUUUCCUGACACUUUUAAAUUUUGUGUGACUUUGAUAAAUGCUAUUUGAUAUCAGAAUGCUCAUUUUGACAUUUACAACUUGAAGACAUUAAUUUUGGAUAAUCUGGAACUUGUACCAAAUUUAGAAAGCUAAAUUAUUGCUACACAGCACAUAGGUCAUAAAAUAUUCAAAACCCCUUUCGAUAGUUCCCUAUCUUAUUUUGUGUUGCAGUAAACAAAUUAGGUAUCCUUUUACCAUUUUUUAAAAAUUGGGCCUGUCAAAGAAUUAAUACUUAAAUUGUGUAGCACAAGAUGUUGGUUUUCUAUAUUUAUUCUCACCCAGAUACUGUACUUUUAUUUCAUUUAGUUGACACAUUUAAAAUCAGUUGCCUACUAAAAUAUCUAGUGGCAUCCAGAGACAGUAAACGUGAGCACUUGUUUUUUCGUUUUGUAAUAAAAUAGUGUAACUAUGAGCUUUUCUGCAUUUUUUUGUGACAAGCAUAUUUCAUCUUUCAGCUUAAAUCCACUACACUGGCUGUAACAUAAUAUCCUAUUCUACCAUUGUACUAAAGCAAAUGAGAUAUCCUUGAUUAUUAGAGAUUAUACUUUAUCAUUUUUAUCUUAUUUGUUACAGUAUAAAGCCACAGACUUUGUGGUGCCCGGUCCAGGUAAGCUGACAAUAAAAUAUGCACCUCUUGAUGGAAGUGCUCCAGUGGAAUACACAGUGUUUGACUUUGAGGAAUCUGGAGGUGUAGCCAUGGGAAUGUAUAACACAGAUCAGGUGAGUUGACCUAAUAGAUAUACGGUAGUCUCUAUUUUUUUAUACUUCAUUAACAUUCAUAUUGUGUUUAGUAUCCGAUUUGUGUGUUGCAGAUUAGUAGAUACAAAAUUCCACAAAGUAAAAAUAUGUCAGAAAAUUCCAUUUCUAUUAAUUUUAUUAUGUUAUAUAAAUAAUUGUAAUGAGAUAUUACUAAAUAAAAAUAUUUUCUUUAAGCUCUGUUUUGUGGUUUAAGACCUGUAUACUAAAAAUAAUCAAAUUGAAUUCUCAGCUAUAAUAUUUAAUGGCCAUUUAAAAAUAUAAUUAUCCCUAUUUUUUUGUUGAAAUGUAUAAUAUAACGUGAUAAAUCAAUGUUUGCCUAGCAAGGAACUGUACUUUUAUUAUUUUAUAAAUUAAACAAACUGUUAAUCAGGUAAUUUUAUAAAGAAUCUGAUAUCAUAAUUCAUUAUUUGAUGAAUACUAGAUGAAUACUAGAUGUAUAUUAUCUUCAACUUACACAGAGCAUAACUGAUUUUGCACACAGUUCAUUCCAGUUUGCAUUACAAAAGGAAUGGCCUCUUUACCUCAGGUAAUUAACUUUUCUUUGCCUUCCUCAAUUUCUUGUUGAUAUAUAUCAAACAUUCUUCCCCCAUCAAUAACAUUAAUCCCUGUGCUAAAAUGCAAAGUAUUCUUCUGGAGUUUAAAAGUUGUUUCUUAAAAUCUAUUUAUUAUAUAUAUGAUUAAUAUGUUUUAUAAAAUGCUUGUGAAACAGUGUUCGCACAGCCUUUGAAGGAUUUGAAAGAAAAAAAAUUAAUUCCCGGAAAGUUUGAGAAAAAACAUGGGGGUCUUUUUGUUUUUUAAAGUUUGGGUACAGUGAUGCAAAAAAAAAUUUGAAAGAAAAGAAAAAUGUUGUUUUUCAAUUAAACUGACUUGUGCAGUGCACAUUUCUAAUGAUCCGUAACCCUGCAAGAAAGAAAUUUGUUGAUUGGUCUGUAGCUUUCUGCCAAUCAAAUUAAUCUUGACAAGUGAGCGAUUGCUUAGUAACUGCCACUGUUUUGAAUAGGCCUACAUGUUCUUAAGUAAAAUUUGUUGGCCUUUGUUAUCAUUUUUGAUUUGGAUAAGCAGCAUGUGUGUUUUCUAUUGAAAUGUUUCAAAUCUGAUGUACAGUUUACAAUAAUAAACAUGACUUGAGUUUGUUCUUUUAAUGAUAUAUGGCUCAAUAAGUCAGAAUACAAGUUAUGGCUACAAAAAAAAGUGAGGGAAGACAAGAGGAAAGCCUAUUGUAAUGUUUGUAAAAAAAAAAAUCGCUAAGAGUAUCCUGAUGAAAAUUUUGAACCAUUUGAAAGAGCUACUGGUAUCCUGAUGAAAAUACUGAACCAUUUGAAAGAGCUACCGGUAUCACGAUGAUACCAAAUCUGGAAAUCUAUGUAAAGAGUGAGGCAAAACCCUUCCCAAGCCCUCUUGCAAAUCCUUUAAGGAUGUCUGCUACGCCUUUGAAGAACCUCUCUCAAUGGAAAAGCUGCACUUGUUCUUAGUGGUUACCAGAGAAUUACAACCACUUCUUAAGUUGAACCAGACAUCCCUAUGAUGCCAUUUUUCUGGAGUUUGGUUCAGUCUCUUAUGUCAAGGUUCAUCCAGCCAGAGUUAAUGUUGGUGGCCAAAUAUGUCACAGCUAUGUGGAGAUUAGAUUUUUUAGAGAAAAAUAAUCAAAUGGAUACCAGCAAAAUGAUUGUUGCAUUUUUUGCCUCCAAGCUUGGAAGUUUGGAAGGCAUUUUCAAUUGCCACUUUAAAGAAGAUAAUGAGAAAUAUUUCCUUGCUGGACCCAAGGUUCAUGGUGUCUGAAUUUAGACAACAUGAAAUGAAAAGCUAAAUUUGUCAGAGUGAUGUGUGAAGCAAAAUGAGCUAAAGAGUUAAACUGUGACACCAUCUUGAUUCAGUAUGAAAAAUAUUUUGUCUAGCAUCACAGCCAAUUCAUUGGAACACAGAAAUUUCUUUCCUUCUGAAAGUAGGGAUGGUGAAUUUGCAUUUUUCUACUGUCUUAAACUGAAGGGAUUUGAUUAACAAAAUACGGAUUUACUCAUAGUUUGAAAUAUUUUGUUUUUUUAGCAUAAUUAAAGGAAAUCAAGCAAUCAAACAUUUUUUACUAUAAAAACUUUACCCCGUGCAACGUGUUAUUAUUUCCAUAUAAUUCAUGUUACAUAAAAACUAUUAAUAUAAGUUAACAUUCAAUCUUCAGUCGAACUUACCAAUCACUUAUUUGUCAAUAUUAUGAAAGCACUUAAAUUUACUUACCAAUCAUGUAUCUUCACGUCACGACUCACGUCUCCAUUUACACAUUACACACACACGAUGUAAAAACAGAACAAAUCACAACGCCAUGAGUCUUCACAAAUGAACAGUACACAGAUCAGCUCUCUUUGAACUUGAGACAAAUGGUGUGAGGGGUUGGCACUUUGCACAUCACAUAAAUUAUUGAAAUGUCUUGCUUUAACUAUGACAUAGAAACUAAGAAAAGUGAUAAAAAAAUGUUGAAAAUGAAAUCCCGGGAACUUCGAAAAUCCCGGUUUCAUCAAUUCCAAUCGCGCUUUUUCAAGUAUUCUUCUUCUUCUAUAUCUUAAGGGCCCACGCAUUCAUUCAUUCAUCUGGUUCCGUUUUUAUUGAGAGUGGGGAUGCCAGAUUGGGACCCUAGUAUGAACCAUGUUUAUAAAAUAUAACUUGUUAUUUGAAAUAUUCAAGUAUUGAAUAUAAUUAAUGGAUGCUUGGAACUUUCAGUUUAGCUUCUUAUAAAGAAAAUAAUAUCUUUGUUUUAGCCAAAACUUUAUAUUUAUUUGUAUAAAAAUAUUUACUUUGUUUUUAACCUUUAGUUCAUUGACAGAUGUGAUUUUUAAAAAUUCCUUUAUUUAAUAGCACCAAAAACACAAUCUUGAAAAAGUAUGAUGGCAGAUUCAAGGAUAUUUUUCAAGAAAUCUAUGAGAGGUUUGCUAUUUAUAGUUAGUCUGUUAAUACUGUUCGCUUCUGGAGCGAGCAUCUUUUAGACUUAGUUUUAAUAUCUUAUAUUUCUGGAUAUUUUGAAAGCUUUUUUUCAUUCACUUGGUUAGAUUAUUAUUUUUUUUUUAUUUUAUCAUUACAUCAGUGUCUCAAAUAACCUUACAAAAAUAUAUUUCUGAAAUUUUUUUUAAUAUUAAAAAUUAAACAGCAAUUUGUUUAAAAAAUAUAUUUAAAUAAACUGUACUUUGACCACUGUUUAAAUAAGUUAACUUUUUAUUUUCCUAAGAGAGUACAAAAAACACUUUGAAGCCAAAGGCAUCUGGUAUGAGCAUCGUCUGAUAGAUGAUAUGGUUGCAUAUUGUAUGAAGUCAGAGGGAGGCUUUGUGUGGGCUUGCAAGAACUAUGAUGGUGAUGUCCAGUCUGAUUCUGUGGCACAAGGUAAAGUCUUGCCAUAGUUUCUCUCUUGUGAGACAUUAUAUAAUCUUUGAAAAACAGCAUUUACCUAACAGAUGUUAGUUCCACAAGCUAAAAUGUUAAUCAUUAUUUUUAAUGUUAAUAUAUGUCAUCCAGGCUUUGGCUCAUUGGGUAUGAUGACCAGUGUCCUGAUUUGUCCAGAUGGUAAAACUGUGGAGGCUGAGGCAGCUCAUGGCACAGUCACCCGGCAUUUUAGAUUUUAUCAGCAAGGCAAAGAGACCUCCACAAAUCCAAUAGGUAGUGUUGAAUUAUUUUACAAAUCAGGCUGUUGGUUGUCGGCAACAUUACUAGACACAGUUUUGAGAUGACUUAUUAAAAAGUCUUCAUUUUAUGUUUAAAAGCUUUGUUGCCCUAUGAUCCAACUUUUGAAUUUCGCAUUUAGUUGUUUACAACUCAGAAGAUAAUCAUAUUUCUUUCAUCUUUUAUUUCUACCUGAUUAAUUCUUUUAGUGUAUUCCCAUUUUUUAAAUCAAAAUUGGGUUAUCAGAUAUUAACUUGUAGAUGUUUUAUAUUGCAUAAUUUGCACAAAAUUAAAGUGAAAGCUGUGUUUUAAACACUUUAUGGAUUCUGGCCAUCUGUCUACAUUGAGAAAUUAACAUAGAAGAUAGCAUUGACUCUCUGUAGUAUAACUAAUAAUGGGGACUUUUUUUCUCAUCUUAGUAUGGAACUCUUCUGGCUUAACUUUGUGAUCUUUGUUGUGUGACAAAUUGAACUAUUAAUGGCCCAUCAACAACCUGAUCAAAAGACAUGAGAUAUAUUUUUUAAAUAUUUUAAAAGUUGGGCACUUUUUUUAGUUGAUGAUCUACAACUUUCCUAUUUUAAAAGUAACAAUUAUUGUGCAUAAAGGAAUAUUCCAUUCACUGCAGUUUAUGUGCAUUGUCAUAACAUAUGACCCCUUCACUUACUUCCAAGCUUCCAUUUUUGCUUGGACUCGUGGUCUUGCUCACCGAGCCAAGUUGGAUAACAACCCGGAACUGGCCAAGUUCUCUGAGAAUCUUGAGGCUGUUUGUGUUGACACCAUUGAAUCUGGAAUCAUGACCAAAGAUCUGGCUAUUUGUAUCAAAGGGAUGAACGAGUAAGUCAAGGAAUGAAUGCUUAAGUAAAUGGCUUUAUGUUUGGGUACUGACACUUAAGGGGGAAAAUAUAAACAUAUUUAUUUGAUUUGGGUAUUACAGACCUGGUUACUCUUACGAUUUUGGCAUACAAUGUACGAUUAUGAGAUGCUUUUUAUGAUUGUGCGCCGAAACAUGUUAGAAAAUACAAAUCUCAGAGACCGGAUGGAAAAUAUAUAAUCUAACAGUUUUUGUCAUUUAAAAAAAACUAACAAACAAAUCUUUUUGUGAUGUUAGUUUUAGCUCCUUUCCAUAUUGGGCAGUGAAUGGAACAAGAAAUAGGAUUGGUUAGGGACCAUCCAUAAUUAUAUUAUGUAUGCACUGAGGCGGAUAUGGGGAGUUGGUGUUGAACAAGGAACAUACGGGUGCGCAUGGGAAGGGCUAAGGGAUAGGUGUCUAAAUAUUUUUAAAUAAGACCGCCACUUUUCAUAAUGAUGGUGAUCAUCAAAUUGUUUCUUUGGGUUUUCACUCGGUGCUGCAUGUUCGUGACCAUUAACGCUUUCCUCCUCCCCAAACCCCACUCCACGGGCGUCUCCAAUUUCCUCCUCCCAUCCCCAUCUUUGUCUUCACCUAUCAAAGUGGCAAAGACUUUGGUAAGUGACCUUUUUUAGACAUGUGAUGCCAAUAGUUAUUGUAUACAUUAUAAUUUAUGUUUAUUUAUUUACUCUUACGAUACAGCAUUGUACAAUUUUGAGAUGGUUAUCCUGAAAUGAUAUUGUACUAUUUUGGGAAAUCAGGGUAACCUGGUCUCGUUUUUGAAGAAAAUAAUAACAUUACGGUUUUGUUGAAUCAAAAUAAUUUUUUCAACAAAUAAUAAUUUAUUAACUUAUUUAUACAAAAACUAGUUUCAGUGGUCUUGAAAAUCAAACUAAAGUACACAACCAAAGGUAGAAAUAUUCAGUCACUCAAUUCACCCAUUUUCUUGGGUGAAAACUUAACAGUUGUACUUUAUCAGGUGAAAAGUUCACCAAAUUGCAUGGCACUCACUACUGAUACAACUAUUUUAAAAUGUUUUCAACAGUGUUACACGCAAAGAUUAUCAGGAGACCUUAGAAUUCUUGAACACUUUGGCAGCAAAUCUGAAAAAGAAGCUUGAGUCAAGUUGACUACAGGAAGGAAGUGAUUAUACCAGUGUAAAGGGAAGGCUGUAGGCCAGCCACUGGUUUCCAUUUUAAAAUGUCAACAAUCAUUUCAAAUAAUCAUAUAAAAUAUGUUUGUUGGUGAUCCUGCAUUUAGUGGUUAAUUGUAAUGUCUGUGAUUGAACACAAACCAAUGAAAAUUAAAUAAAUAUUUGUGUCCUAUUUAUACAUCAAUGUGGGAAUGUAAUGAGGAGCUUUAAUUAUUUAUUCAAUAAGAGCCAUUGGGGGUAAAUUGCUGAUAACUAUGACAGACUGAUCAUAUUUUUAAAAUUUGUUGUUUCAGAUUAUUUUACUUUUGACCAUCUAAUUUCUAUGCAUUCAAGUGGGCAGCAGGUCAAGCUAGAUUUAUUUUAAAUAUUUUUUAUAGUUCAAUAAAAAAUAUUUUUAUUUUAAAAUUUAAGGUAAAAGAAAACAACCUGCACUGAAAUUAUAUAUUUUUUUAUUUUUUAAGACUUUUCGUCAAUAAAUUAUUUGUAUUUUAUUAUAAACUUGACAGUGUGAUACAGUUACUGUAAUUUUCUAUGCUCUCAUUUGGACUAAUUCAAAUUUUCACAUGAAAAUGUGACGUUGAUUAAAAUUUAAUAAUUUUCUUUUUAAAGUUUACAAAAUGCAAUACAAAUCUAAUUCAUAUUUUAAUUACUGUCAACACAUAGUAAGUACUUAAAUUCUUAGCCAAGUUCAUAAUUGGCAUUAAAAUGAUUAAGGUGGUCAUAGUCCACAGACAAACCAUAUACAAACUAUAUAUACUUAAAUAUAGCUUAAUGAAAAAGUAUUAAUUGUGCUAAUAUUAAUAUUCUGUAAAAAAUAUUCCACACCUCUGAAAUCUCAAGUUGUUUGGGAAACUUCAACAGCGAUUUUGUUAUUAUUAAAAGCUUUAACUGCAUGAUUUGCAUUUUUUAUAAAGAUAAUCUCCCUCCUACAUAAGGACCAAAGCUAUUUAGAUGUGUGAACUGCAUUUGAUAUUUUGCUAAAGGAACAUUUUAAGUUUUAUUUAAAAAAUUAUUUUAAUGCAAAAAAAGUGGGGUGGGAUUUUUUUAACUAACAGUUUUAUCACCUGAAAGAAAUCUAUCUCUUAGGUAUGCUACAGUGACAUUUUGACAUUCCUGUCAAGUCUGCUCACUACCAGCUCAUUUUGAAGGAUGCUUUAUAAAUGCUAUACGAUUUACAAAGACAUCCAUUUAGCUCUUCCAUGUACUGCCUUUAAACUACUAGAUACUCCAAACUAUUAAUUUUAUAUACUGUUUUUAAAAAAUUUUCACAUUUUGAAAAUGAUGCUAAUUAAUUAUUUUAUCUAGACUUUAAAACACUGUUGUAACAAAUGCCUUAUAAACUGAAUAUUUAUAAAUUACAUACUGAAUCUAAAUUAUUUUUCCACCAUUGUGGAUAAAAUCAGAGACUAUAAAUUAAUUAUGGGUGAAUGUAAAACCAUUUUAUAACAAGCCUACUAAAAUGGUAUCAGGCCAUUCAAACAUGUUCUUUUUUGUGAUACUUUGUUGUAAUAAUUUUUAUUGUAAUAAGCUAUUAAAAUUAUGUCCUGUGAGAUAUGGCAGUAACAUUUCAAAUUUAUUCCAGCAUACAAGUCUAUGUGAAUUUGUAAAUUAUUAGAAAACUGUCAUGUAAAGAUCUGUUAUUUUUGCCCAGAUGCAAUUAAAAAAAAACAUUAUUUAUCUUGAUGUAUGUUUUUCAACACACAUUUUCCAGCUUGACAUGUAUUAUUUACUCCAGAAUUAUCUGUGACUUAAAUUUGAACCAUCUCAAGGUUUUGAACAAUUAUACUGGUUAAGAUCUUAGUCAUAAUUUUGGGGUAAUAAGGGGAGAGACUGCAAUCAGGUUAGUACAAAAUAAAAUGAGUAAAACAGAGUAUGGUUAAACCUGAAAAAUUAAACGUAACAAAACAGCGAACGU